UGUGAGACGACACUUGCUCAGCAAAAUGGCGGCACAGGGGAAGAAGAAGCAGAAGAUGAAGGGCACCAAGAUGGCUCUGACCGACUUCCUGUCGGAUGACAAGACCAGCGGCCCAGAUACGAGUUCAAAUAGUUACGGCGGUGGGUCUAAUAGCUAUGGAAAUAGUAGCUAUGGACGGGAUUCUGGGUCUAAUAGCUAUGGAAGUAGUAGUUAUGGACGGGAUUCUGGGUCUAAUAGCUAUGGAAGUAGUAGUUAUGGACGGGAUCGGGAUUCCAGAGGUUACGGUGGUAAAGUGGACUGGGCUGCUGAAAUGGAGUCCUUAUCUAUGGAUGACAUGGGUGACCCGGAAUAUGGGAAACCAAUGAUAGACCGCUCCAAGCUGCCAACAGCCCCAAAGGCUUCGCGGGAUCCAGAUGUAGAUAUGUCCCAAGUACCAACAAGCGGUCCAUUCACUGCCUUCAUCGGAAACCUCCCCUAUGAGGCAUCAGAAGAGAGUAUAGAAGAGUUUUUCCAAAAAUUGAAUGUUGUAAAUGUUCGGCUACCCAAUGAUGGCGGUCGUCUGCGGGGAUUUGGAUAUGUGGAGUUAGCUGACCGACAAUCUCUCAUUGAUGCCCUGUCCAUGAAUGAAGAGACCAUGGGUGGACGUCAAAUACGAGUAGAUUUAGCAGGACAAAAUCAACAAAAUGAGCGGGGUGGUAGCGGAGGUGGCUUUGAGAAGCGAGAGAAUGAUGGCCCUGACCGAACAGAAAGUGACUGGAGACGUCGGGAUCCUCAACAAGAGCCUGCACCUAGUGCACAUGUACAUGAAUCUGAGCGACCAGGCGCAUGGGGUAGUAAUCGAGGCGAUGGAGGACCACCAUCAAGAGGGGGUUUUGACAAUGAUCGAGGGAGCUUUGAAAGAGGCCCACCAAGGGGUGGCGGUGGUUUCAGCAGAUAUGAGGAGGCACCAAGUAGAGACAGAUAUGAUGAUCGAGGACCCCAAAGAGGUGGUGGUUAUAACAGAGAUGAACGGGGCCCCUCAAGGGGAUUUGAUCGCUAUGACGACCGUGGAGGUCGAGACAGUGGCUUUGGAGGUAAUAGAGGUCGAGGUUAUGGGAGAUAUGAGGAUGGCAGAGGUCAUGGAGAUCGAGGCUACAACAGAGAUGGCGGUCGACGUGGCUACGGGUCGGGAUACCGUAACGACGACCGCGGAGGAUAUGAUGAUAGGUAUGGGGGCAGGUCUGAAAGAGGUAGCCAGGAGCCUAGUCAAGAUGCUGCUAAGGAUAGACCCAGGUUGAAUCUACAGCCACGUUCAAAACCAGCGGAGGAGCCUGUUAAACCCAUGGCCAAGACCAAGCCUGCAGAGAACAGGUCAGCCUCUAUAUUUGGGAACGCCAAGCCUGUUGACACGGCAGCUAAAGAAAGAGAAAUUGAAGAACGAUUGAAGAAAAAGGAAGAAGAGGCCCGUCGAGGAUACGAUGACGAGAAAGAAAGCCGGAAUUACUACUACAAUAACUCACAGCCAGCUGCCGGUCAAAGUGGCCCGGUACGAACCCGACAGAAUUCUACAGAUAAAAUGGAGGGACGGCAGCGUCGACUGAGCAGUGGGAGUAGUGGUAAAGGCCGACCUGGUCCUCAACCGAUCACAUCACCAUCAAGAUCACGAAGGGACAGUGAGAUCUCAAACAACUCCACAGAGGUGUUUUCCGGUGGCGAGGAUAGUAAAGACACUCCCAAGAGUCCAGUUUCCCCGGCACAACGUGAGGAUGUGAAGCUGGUCCCAGCCCCACCACCCUCAGUAAACAUCUGGGAGAAAAGGAAGGUUGAUGUUCCAAAUACACCCACAAGCAAAUCACCUCCCAAGAAUGAACCCAAGUCAGCAUCACCCCCACAGACAGAGACUUCCGAGCCUGCCCCUUCAGCCUGGGGGAGGGGCCGCAGCACUGAAACACACCAUGCAGAAGAGGCUCCAGGCAAUAACGCAUGGGCAAAGCGAUCUCAUGACAAACCACAGGAUGCCAGGCCUGCAGGACGAGGAGAGUCCUCGGGAAGAGGGGGAAAUGCGUGGGGACAAGGAGGAAAAACAUCACCUAAAGAAAAGGUGUUACCCAAAAGCAUAGACGACAUGCCCAAAUUCGAAAACAAGUCUAAACAGGACUGGAGUGACAAAAACAAAUUUUCCAGCCUCCCUGAGGACGAAGAUGACCAGUAGAUGCAAGGAGGAAAUUAGUCAUGUGACUGCCAUGUGACACUGCAGUUUCAAGCUCAUUUGUGAAGAUAACUUGUUUGUCGCAGUUUUCAAUUGAUUGCAAUAUAUCUGCCCUUUUUUUCAAAUGGCUUAAUUUAUACCUGGGAUUGAGAGUCAUUGUUCUUGACUCUGUGUAAAGUGGGUUCAGCAGUUGGUUUGUCCGACCGUCCUCAUCACUGUUUGGUGUAAUGUGGACACGUUUUCAAGUAUAUUUGAACACUGAUUUCCCUGACGGUACUUGUUUUUUCCGGGUUUAAUUUAUGACGACAAGAAUAUACAGAUUCAUUUAUCACUGUUUUAGAUGCAUGCUCCUACUCCAUUUGUAUAGGGUACUUUUAUACCUACGUAUCAGGUAUGGAAUUCAUUUGGUAUCGGUCUGUUGGUAGACUUUUUUUAUAGUAUUUCCUGUUGUUGAAUAUGUUUGAAAAUCUGAUGAUAAUACCGUUUUCUGGCUAUUUUUAGAUGAAAAAGGGAAAAACUCUGAGAAGUUUGUUUAUUUCUAUAAUCCAGAUACCUGUGGACGUCUGAUUGCUGUAUAUAUGUUUUUGGUGAAGUUGAUGUGUUAAAAAGGACUUUAAUCUCAAGUCUGAAAGUAGAAAAUUGAAAAGUAUCUUUUAACACACAUUUCAAAAUGAAGAUUCACUUUCUCUCUUUUAAGAGACAUUAUGGGGUCAAUAUGGCCAAGUUAACACAGAAUAUAAAAGCUCAUCACUUUAACUCAUUCACCCCUGAAAUUUCAUAAUGAAAUAUUCCAACCUUUGAAUUGGAAGAGUUCAAAUGUGUCUUUAGGGGUGAAUGAGUUCAUACAGUGUACCUCCUUUUCAUCAAAUUAUUUGUGCCCGUAUGUAAAGUAUUGCCUACCCCCCACAUUUGUAUACCUUUAGUCCUUAAAAAUAAAUGCAAGACAGACAGGUACAAGGAAUUCACAGAGCGUGUUAUAUUGUGUAUCUCAAUAGGGUUCUUGAUGAAUUAAGAGCUUGUGUGAAUUUGACAUUGUAGUAUGAUUUCUUUGCCGGCUGUUCAUUGUUAUAUGUUAGAGUCAUGUUUCCUAUAACAAUUGGGGAAAGCGUAGACAUGGGAGGGAGGACCUAACAAAACCGAAGUCAUUUAUCACCCUAUAGUUGUUAUCUUAUACCAUGUAGAGGCACCCUAUUGAUACUGGUGUAGGCUGCCGGGAUCUACCUUUGUUUGGUUUUACAGUCAAUGGAUUUCUGACAUAAGUCAAAUAAAUGUUUAUAAGGCGACAGAAUUCGAAGUUUACAGACCUGCAUAAAUGUACCUCCAACUUAAAGUGUUGUGUAGUUUAAGCAUUAUGUGCUUUUGUGAUUGGUCGCUAUUGUUUAACAAAUACAUACCGGUAUAUUUAUGUUUAUGCGAAUCUGGUGGCGCUGGUAUUUUUCUCUCUUUUUUUUUCUUCAUGCGCUGCAGCUGUUUUUGCAGACAAAGCCACUACAGGUUAUCAUCUACCUGAAUUCUACGUUCAAAUUCCUCAAAAGAAUGAGUGGGUUUGAAUACCCGGGAUUAAAGUGUUUUUUUGUUGGAUAUUGGUGGUUAUUUGUGUGUGUGGUGUUUGAACGGAGUCCAGAAAUACACCAGAAUGUGGUUCCACAUAAUGAGGCCGGGGCAUCAUACAUUGAUCUUCUGGUCUGUUAAGCAAAAACAUAUUUAUGUGUUCUCGUUAUAAAUUGUUCAUAAUCCAAAUCAUGUUAUAAAUUUUUACCCUUUAAUGGCGAAACGGUGCAAAUGUCUGGUAUGCUUGUCUCCGAGUUUUUUGUGGGUUUUUUUUGUAACUAUAUUUAGAACUUCGCAUCAUGAGUAAUAUUUGGGCUGCCUCUGACACAGCUUGAUCUGAACAUUUUUUUCACACUCUUUUUAAACAGAAAAAAACAUUUCAACAUUUUCAUCAUUCACUUAAAUAAACACCUUACCUUCAUAGCUAUAGUGCUCUGAUACACCUCUCUGUUUAGGAAUACAAUAUUUUUUUUGUAGAGAACAAAUCUCAAGGUCCUGUUAAAUAUUUUACAUAAUUUACAAAAAUGAUGUAAAAAGAACUUUUUUGUGUAUAUAUAUACAGGAUGAUUUUUCAUAUUUUUUUAGCAGUUUUGUUGAAUGAAAGCAACAUGAAUUAGGUUCAUUUUCAUGAUGAAAUCAAAUUUAUAUGCUAGAAAACGUCAGUCCUAAACUGAAUUCAUUUGCAGCACUUUACUUUGAAACGUUAAAAUCUGAAAGCAUAUCAGUACAAUUAAGCAUGUGUUUCCCAUUUCACCCCCCACUUUUGGGGUUCGAUUGCACCAACCAUACAUGUGAUUCUCAUACUAAUUAUCACUUAAUUUACAAAUUAAUUUCACACUCAUUUUUUUUGUACAUAUUCAUAUACAUCAUUAUCGAGGUCAUCUGUUUUACGAUAGAUGGUCAUUCUAUUCCUCUCCCUAGGUGAGAUGCUCAGAGUGAACUUGUACAUAACUCUCGUGAUGAGCGUCUGACGUUUUGAUUAAAUCUCGCGCGAUGUAAAUAGUGCCACCCGAAAUUGGGUGAUAAUCGAUUCAAUAAAAUAUUCCAAAAUGUACAUUUAA